GUGAUGAUCUGAAGGCGGCGUGGCAUAAGUGGUUCCAAGUAGAGCCGCCGGAGAUCAAGGCAAUUGACAAGCUAAUGGUCUUCGAACAAGGCACGUUGUCGAGUGUUGACUGGAUUGCCGAGUACCAAGACUUGACAUCCAUCCCAGACAUCCAGAUGGGCUUCAAAGCCAUCCACCACUGUUUCAUCUCAAGGUCGUGUCCGACAUUAAGCAAUGCCCUGACUCACGUCGAUGACACCUUGACGACAACGGCGGAACUCUUUGACAAGGCCGCGCAGAUUAUCAUCACGAACAAGGAGGCUAAGAACCUGCGUUCGUCUGCGCAAGGCCCGAGCAUCGACCAACAUCGAGCAAGAGUGGCCGUGGUCGCGACGACAACACCGUUUGACCAAACUAGCGAGGUCGUGUCUGCCAAUAAAGGGGACAGACUCGCAAUCGCCCGGGAAGCUCAAGGACAAGACGUGUGUACGCCAUCUUCUCCGUCCGGCAGCGGCGACUUAUCGUCUUCAAGUGGUUCUUCACGGGAUUCGGCGCGCGAGUUCAACAUAGAGGUAUUGGACCCGCUCACGUCCGAGGACUUUGCAUGGCUUCCUCUCCCGACCGCGGGCCACCUGCCGGGACCGCAAUGCGCAGCACUAUGCGCUCAUCUCCACACGUACUUAUCCUUCUAUUCACCACCAACUUCGCCGACAGAUGACGAAGUCGUGGUGGGGGACAUCCUUGCGUAUGUUACCAAGGUGGCCCGCGAGUUUCGCACGCAGCGGUACGAUGACAACAAUGCACCGCUCAUGUAUGUCCGCAUCCAGGUUGGGCAAGCGUCCUGCAGCGCUUUCCUGGAUAGCGGUGUGUGUCGCAAUUUCAUGAGCCAAGCCUUUCUGCAAAGGGCUGGCCUUGGCGCACAAGUUCGAAGGAAGGCAAACCCGACGGUGAUCAAGUUGGCGGAUAGAAAGACGCAGCAACUCCUCGAGUGUUACAUCGAAGCCGUACCGGUAUAUUUCGCACCUCAUGCAUGCGAACCGGUGACGUUCGACAUUUUGGACACGGACUUCGAUAUCAUUUUGGGCAUGCCUUGGCUUGCAAGUGUGGAUCACACGGUCAACUUCCACCAGCGGACUCUUAGCGUUCGCGAUGCCUUCGGAGCCGAAGUGGGGUGUACUAUUCCUCUUCCGCACCCUUCGAUUCGGUGCCAAGUGGUGACGGCCAAAUCAUUUCGGGCGACUUGCGCUGAUGAGCAGCCCGAGGAAAUCGGCCUAUAUUUCCUACGGACCGUUGCGGUAGCCGACUCUUCACCCAUGGACUUGUCUUCCGACCCCCGGGUGGUGCGGUUGCUGGACGAGUUCGUCGACAUCUUCGAGUCACCUACCAGUGUGAUGCCGGAUCGGCCGAUCUCUCACGAGAUCAUUCUUGAAGCCGGUGCCGUGCCGCCGAAAGGUUGCAUCUAUCGGAUGAGCGAGGAGGAGCUUGACGUCCUCCGCGCACAACUCGACGACUUGUUGGCCAAGGGCUGGAUCCGCCCUAGUAGCUCCCCAUAUGCAGUACCAGUUCUCUUCAUCCAGAAGACGAACAAGGAUCUACGAUUGUGUAUCGACUACCGCAAGCUCAAUGCACAAACCGUCAAGAAUGCGGGGCCUCUUCCUCGCAUCGACGAUCUUCUUGAGCGAUUGGGUGGCGCAAAGUAUUUUUCUAAGUUGGAUUUAAAGUUGGGAUAUCAUCAAAUCUCGAUCUGGUCGAACGAUCGCUAUAAAUUCACGUUCAAGACGCGGGACGAACAUUUUGAGUGGGUGGUCAUGCCUUUUGGCCUCACCAACACCCCGACGACCUUUCAAGCGGCAAUGACCAACGAGUUUCAUGCAAUGUUGGAACGGUUCGUGCUGGUCUACUUAGACGAUAUUCUCAUCUAUAGUCGGACAUUGGAGGAUCAUCUUGGGCAUCUUCGACGAGUGUUGGAGAUGCUCCGCCACGCCAAGUACAAGGCCAACCGCGACAAGUGCAAAUUUAUCCGGCAAGAGUUGGAACACUUGGGCCAUUUUGUCACACCAGAGGGCAUCAGUUCGCUAUCGGACAAGAUUCAAGCCAUCCAAGAGUGGCCGGAGCCUCGGAACGUCACGGAUGUCCGUUCGUUUCUUGGCCUCGCCGGCUACUAUCAGCGUUCCAUCAAAGGCUACUCGAAGAUCGCGGCCCACUUGACCAAGCUUCAAUGUGAGGAUCGACCGUUUGACUUCGCAGAGGAGGCGCGAGAAUCAUUUUUGGCUCUCAAAGUUGCGCUAUUAUCUGCGGAGGUCUUGCGCAUAUACGACCCUCUUUUGCCUACGCGCGUCACUACGGAUGCGUCCGGCUACGGCAUUGGUGUCGUCCUCGAGCAACAUGAUGGUGUGGACUGGCACCCGUUCGAGUAUUUCAGCAAGAAAGUGCCCGUCGUGCAUUCCAUUGACGAUGCACUCAAGAAGGAGCUCCUCGCCUUCGUCCACGCGCUCAAGCGGUGGCGGCACUUCCUCCUUGGCCGAAGCCAAUGCCGAUGGGUAACGGAGGACAAUCCCGGACCGUUGGUCUUCUAUAAGACCCAAGACACCUUCGACUUCUUUCCCGAUCACAUUCCCGAGAAGUCGAACCGUUUUGCGAAUGCUCUUUCACGACGUCCGGAUCAUUGUACAGCCGUCUACUCAACCUUUGAGAUCGACGACAACCUGCAGAACAACUUCAUCCGAGGCUACCAAGCCGACCCCGAGUUUCCCGACAAAUACGCGAAUUGCUGCUCUCCUAAUCCGGCGCCUUCUCAUUACCGGAUCCAAGAGGGGUACUUGCUUGUCCACACACGGGGGAAUGACCUUCUUUGCGUACCGAGUGAUCCUCACUUGCGUACACGGCUUCUUCGCGAGUUCCACGAUGCUCCCUCCAUCGAUCACUUUGGAGUCAAUCGCACGAUUGGCCGACUUCGUGAGCGAUUUUGGUGGUCCGGCCUUCCCGGCGACGUCACACGUUAUUGCGAGUCAUGUGAGGUUUGCCGACUCUGCAAAUCCCGCAACCAUCGUUCGUACGGUGAGUUACGACCAUUACCGGUUCCUUUGAGGCGAAGGGAAGCGAUUGCCAUGGACAUUACCGGCCCGUUCCCCAAGCACAAGACCGGCGUGGAUGGGAUUCUCACGGUGGUCGACCGACUCACAAAGUUCGCCAUGUUUUUGCCUUGCCGCUAUCACGCCAAGGCACCGGAGUUGGCCAAGGUUCUUUACGCCGGAUGGAUUCGAUCCAAGGAUUACCCCAAGGAAAUCGUUUGCGACCGCGACACUUGGUUCAUGUCCGAUUUUUGGUUCGCGCUCAUCAAGCGAUGGGGCUCAUCUCUCAAGCCCAGUUCAGCUCGCCACCCCCAGACUGAUGGCCAAAUGGAGAGGGCGCACCAGACCGCACAGGUUCUCCUUCGCACUCUCAUCCGUCAUGACCAGAACGAUUGGGUUGAGCGGCUGUCGGAUGUCGAGUUGGCCUACAACUCCUCCAUCCACCCGACUAUCAGGAUGUCGCCCUUCGAGUUCGAGCACGGCUCGCCGGUCACUUCGUCGUUGGACACCAUCACUCCACGAACGGCCGAGAGCGACAACCAUUUUAUUUUCUUGCGUCGGAUGCAAGAGCUACUUGUCAAGGCACGUGACCAGAUGACCAAGAUACAGCAAGGCAUGAACCAACAGACCAAUCACUAGCAUCUUCCUUAUCCAUUCCGUGUCGGCGAUCUCGUUUGGGUCUCCGCCACGGAAUUCAGCCUUGAACAAGAUA